CUCCAGCCUGCUGUUGCGGGUCCUGCAUCCUCCCGUUUCUGCAACCUGAGGAGGAUCCCCCAGCCUCCACCCUGGCUAUAUCAGCUGGAGGCUGUGAACUCUCUCCUCCAGCCUGUUGUUGCGGGUCCUGCAUCCUCUCAUCACUGCAGCCUGAGGUGGAUCCCUCAGCCUCCACCCUGUGCACAGACGUUUUGCUUGGACUCUCCAAAUCAUCAUGGAUCCAGAGAUCCUGCAGUGUCUACUAAAGGAUAAUGCCUGGGAGGCAUUCAUGGAAGAAAUCGAGUUAUCCAGAGAGGAGGGAGAGGUACUUCGUGAAAGUCUGAGGAAGCACAAAAUACUCAUAGCCCUGGAAGGCAGCGAGGACCACCACCAGAAGCAGAAGGUCAAGAAUGCAGUGCUCUUUUUUCUCCUUGUUUUAUUUUUGUUUUGCUAUUAUCAGUACUGUACUCUGGCUAACAUGUCUAUCAUCGCGUUAACGGGUCUGUUUUGGGUGUACAGUUAUCACACCUCACCCCCGUCAGAGAUAGCCAUACUCAGGGAGAAGAUCUUGAAAGUGUUUCCUGAAGUGAGAGUGAAACUCAGCAAGCGCAUUACACUGCUCAGAGAGCUCGCAGACAGGUCUGACCAGGUCCAUAAGGCCUGUACUGUGGCCAACGUGGUGGCCAGCUCCGCCGGGCUGGCGUCUAGCAUCGUGUCCCUUGUGGGCCUUGGUCUGGCUCCCGUCACAGGAGGCCUGAGUGUGGACCUGUCCACAAUGGCACUGGGGCUGGGGGCCAUAGCUACUGCUACAACUGUGACCACCAGCGCUGUGGAGCAGACGAACAUGUCAUCAAUAACAGCCAAAGCCAGAGCCAUGAAAACAAUGGGGAGCGAUCCUCUUCUGGUGACCGUGGGGGUUCUCCAUCAAAACCAGAGGAGACUUUUUUCAUUAUGCAGCAACUUCACAAGCUUAAAAAGGGUUUGGAGGCAUGUUCUUGCCACCCAAAACUCAACUCCAAAAAGCAGCUUUGCACAUAGACUGUUGGGCAACACUGCUAAGACAAUGACGCGCACUGAAAAGAUUAUGAGUGGGGCCGCCUCUGGCUUCUGUGCUCUGAUGGACGCCUACGACCUAAGGCAGGCAUCCAAGCAUCUGAAGGAGGGAGCAAAGACAGAGGAAGCAGAGAUCCUGAGACUCUGGACCAGGGAGCUGGAGGGGAUCAGGGAGCUGGUGGCCGAGAUUCAGGGCAGUCUGUUGAAGAUCUCAGCUUACCCCGAGUAACCCACAGAGCAAGGCGUGGGGGCAAAUGUGCCCUGAGACCUCAGUAGAGGUGGGGAUAAUGCUAGGGGACUGAACUUUUUUAGGGAUUGAACAUUUUUCUUUUCUGUGGCAGAACACAUAAGGCAAGAUAUGUUUGGGAGAGAGAGAAGGGUAUAACGCAACAAAAGCCUUCCUAACAAAAACCUGCCUGGUCCCACGCGGGAUGGUCUGACUUAUCUGUGCUACAGAGAAUAACUGGCCAAGCAAAUGUCAUGUUGUAAAGGGGAGGCCUCGAUCACCCGUGACCUCUGAGUAUAGGGAAGAGAAGAACAGAGCAGGCAAGAAAUUAAGGGGAGGAGGAAGAAGAAGAGAAAGGAAAGAAAUGGAAGAACAGAAGUCAGGUCUUUGGUUUUCUGGGUGAUGGAGAGUGGAAUAACUGUACAUCCACAGCACAGAUUCAACAACACUGAAAAGAUGAGAUCUAAGCUGAAACCACCAAACUUUGUAAUGUGCCUAUCUGUGGGUGUGGUGGGGGGAGGGAACAGGGGAACUCUGGUGGUGGGGUUGGUGUUGAAAUACUGUAUGCCUAAAACUCAACUAUCAAGAACUUUGUAAAUCACAGUUAUUUCAUUAAAGCUUCUAAAAAAAUUUUAAGAAAAAACCUGAGUGCCCAAGAACAGAUGACUGGUUAAAUAAACUUUGGUACAUCUACACAAUGGAGUACUAUGUAGCUGUUAGAAAAGAUGAAGUCAUGAAAUUUACAUACAAGUGGUACUAUGUGGAAAGUAGUACCACUUGUAUGUUAAGCAAAAUGAGUCCGAAAGAGAGGGAUAGACAUAGAAAGAUUGCAUUCAUCUGGGGAACAUAAAGUAACAAAAUAGGAGACUAACACCCAAGAGUGGCCGAGAUUAGUACCAGGAGUUUUGCUCCAUGGCUUGGAGGGAGCUCAGAUAGAGAAAGGAGCACCAAAUAAAGGGUGUUGGGAGGAUCCUCCCAGGAUGAGAGAAGCAUGCUGAAAAUAGACUACAGACCAAACAUGAUUGCCACUCAAUGCCUCUUUUGCAAACCACAACACCCAAAAGGAGAGAGAGAACAAAAAGGAAUGCCCUGCCACAGAGGCAGGGUGAGAUGGGGGAUAGGGGGUGGGAGAGAUACUGGGAUCCGUGGUGGUGGGAAAUGGGCACUGGUGGAGGGAUGGGUGUUUGAUUGUUGUAUAAUUGAAACCCAAGCACAAAAAAAUUGUAAAUCUACAACUGUACCUCAUGGUGUUUCACUAAUAAAAAUUAAAAAAAAUAAUAAAACUUAUAAUGAUAAAAUAAAUAAAUAAAAAUGUAAGUCAGGAACUUGAAGCCUGGAAUAAAGGAGGAAAGGGAAGUAGAAUAGGAAGAGAAUCCUUCUGCUUGGUACUAAAGAAGAGAUUCAGGAUAUGAAUAUUGAGAUAUAAAUGAACAAUGAGAAGCCCACAUGGGCAACCUUUGAACAUCAUCAGAGGACCCCAAAGACCUAAAUGUUGAGUACAGAAUGAUCUCCCUCGGAUGUAGGUUAUAAAGAAACAGAGUAAGGGAACAGGAAAUACCCAAAGUCGAUGGAAACUGAGAGCUGGUCUUUAGAAAGAAGCCUAUCACUGUAGGAGGA